AUGCACGCAACAGGCGCGGCUUGGUGGCACAACUACAGAGGCCAACAGUCUCAAGAUAUUUUACUUGAUGAGUUUAUUGAGCGCUUUGGACUCAAGAUGAACGACUUCAAGAUGAAUACUUCUGCUACCGCCUAUUGUCAGCAAGUCUCGCAGCGCUAUGUGGAAGAUGGCCGCAUUGUGUUUGUCUGGGAUGCAUACAUGGAGCCGUAUAGUUAUAAGAACGAGAGAGUCGGCGGCAUCUACUUUCUGGAGCAGCUGUAUGUUCUGGUUGAGCCAGAUAAGCAGACAUUUGGUGAAGACUCUCAAGACAACGAUGUGAUUAAGCCACUGUUUCUGGAUCCCAAGCUCAAGGAUGAUGCCAUGGCCGAUGCCGUGGUAAAUUUAGCCGCUGCGAUAUCAAACAUUAUAAAUCUUCGAGACAUGACGGAGACUCUAUUACUGGACCGGGCACUGAAGCAGUGCAACGAAGAGAGGGCUCAUGUUUCCUCGAGACCAUCAUCCGGCCGAGUCGGGCACUUUAUGUACGGUACACAAACAAUUUUCAUGACGUCGGAGCUGGACGAAGUGCUUGCCUUGCUGGACGAGAGCCCAGAGGCCCCUCUCGAUGUGCAGCAGCGCCAAUCGAUACCCCCGGGUGAUACUUGGGAGCCGCUUGUGCACUGGGGGAUACCGGAUGAUGACAAUAUUGACAACGUCAGCCUUCCGACAACACAAGACGCUGGGGCAUCUCGAGGUGCCAGGCAACAUAACGCGAAGAAGAGGACGAAAGUGAACCCCAAUAGAGUACGGGAUGAGCGCCGCUUCCAGUUGCUUGAGUUGCAGGCAGAAGCUGCCAAGUUGGAGUUCACGUUCCAGCAACUUCAGCGUAUCAAGAGCUCAAGACCCAAUCGGCUUAGUGCGUCUCGCCAUUGGUCUGAGGCCUCUCCUGGGAUGCCUAAAGUAUGGCAAGAUAUUUGCUCCCGUCAAGUUAAAAGAAGCGUGGAAGCUGAGUGGGAGAACGUGCAACUCAAGCGGCGGUACGAGACGGAGAAGCAACUUGCCACGAGCGUCGCCAAGCUGCUCUUCAAACGGUGGAGACCGGAUAAUUCCAAGUCAGAAGCAGAGAGACAAACGCGACGCACGGAUAUUCCGGCAGGGCACAUUGAGCGGAUGUCUGCAAUGGUGUUCAAGGAGCUGGCAGCUGGAGUUCAGGCGUGUUACCGGAAUGUGGACAGGGUUUUUAAGAACUCCGACGCUACGACUGCAGUGGUUCACUGUGCUCUGCUUGAUGGGGAUAUGAGUGCGGAAGGUCGAGAGAGGAAAUUCUUCGACAGGAGAGUCGUGCCGUUUGAUAUGCACGCAACAGGUGUGGCUUGGUGGGAAAAUUGGCACAACUACAGAGGCCAACGCACUCAAGAUGUCUCACUGAACGAGCUUAUCGAGCGCUUUGGCCUCGAGAUGAACGACUUCAAGACCAAUACGUCUCACGACGUCACGUGGAAGAUCCGUAUUGUGUUUGUUUGGGAUGCGUACGUUGAGCCGUACGGGUUCAAGAACGAACGAGUAAGUGGCGUCUACUUUCUCGAGCAAAUGUACAUGCUGAUUGAGCCCGACAAUGAGGCCCAGGACAAGUUUUCGACGAGCGUAUCGCUUUGUUUUGUGACCAAGCCUCACUUUCUGGACCCCAAACUCAAGGACGACGCCAAGACGGAUGCUGUGGUCAAUUUUCUGAGCAGCGCCGUGAUAUCUAACAUCAUAAGUCUUCGGGAUAUGACGGAGACGCUACUGCUGGACCGAGCGCUGCAACAAUGCAACGACGAGAAGACAAACUGA